UAGGAGUAAUUUAUAUAACUAAUAUAGUUUCUUCUUAAGACGUGUGUACAGUCUUUGAAUGAAUUUAUUACAGCCAUAUAUCCAAAUGCACUCGUAACAAAUCUAUUUUGAAAGGGAAGGUAAAACAUCGGGAGCUAUUUGUCGACUAUGGACAGGUAUCUGCAAACGCUUUUACUUUUUUGUGUGUCCCAAAUAGGACUCACAGGAUCUUCCUUUGUGUCUGAGACCUGCUCCAAUGGCACAUAUCAACUGGACAUCGGAGUUGACAAUUCUGAGAACGGUGGAUCGUCCGUAUGUACUUGUCCAGAUUGGAUAGGUACAACAAGAUGUUGCAAAUUUUUAGAGAAGUUACGACCACUAUUGCCUACCUGUGAUCCACGAUGUGAAAACGAAGGAGUCUGCAUCGCCAACGACACGUGUGACUGUGUGAAUGGAUUUAUCGGUUCUAGAUGUCAGAUAGGAAGUGACCUGCCCGAAGGUUUACGUCCCCAACUACACUUAACCCUACCAGAGAACGAGUUGUACGAGGACCUAUCUUGGUACGAUGCUCCACCAUACUCCUGGUCAAAUAAAGCAUGUUUUAUAAAAAUUGUGGCACAGAACGCGCCCGCGGAGACCUUAUUUUCUGCUGAGAGCAGUCGCAUGGAUGUUGUACCCGGCUCAUUUGGAAAUUUUACUUCGGGAGUUAUCAAUGAAAAUGGAAGUGUUCUCGGUUCUUCACGGUUUGCUUGCAUGCAGGUGAGGUGUCCAAGCGCUUCCCUCGAAGGAAUUCCCUUUGACGUCAGAGUUACAGUUACUGCGUCUAUGUCGAUCUGUAAGCUUUCAACGUCGGCUCUGAGUGGGGACGCUUACAGUGUUGAGCGUUUGGUUGAUGGUGAUGUCGCUCACAUUGAUCUACAGAAUGGCGACAACUAUGGCUCCAAAUUUGGAGUGUACAUGUCGUCCGGUACCCGCAAGAAGGCGCUUUACCUGGCCCGAGAGGCGUGCUGCAGUGGGAACGAGUUUGUGAUUACAGACAUAGCACCAGACAUGGGUGUGGCUCUCCACUAUACGUGCGCAUAAUAAGACAUCACGGACAUAGUCUUACAAGUUCAACUCUACCUACUCAGUGUUGCAUGCGUUAUCUUUCUUCCAUGUGUUUGUCAAUUUAAUUUUUGUCAUUGGUCAUUGGUUUAAACAGAGUCGUUGUCAGGGGCGCAUCCAGCAAUUAACGGUAGAGGGGGCGUAACUUAGGGGAGCAACCUUUUGGCAUACGCCCCUACCUCGGAACCGAAAGUAUACGGCAUAAACUGUUUGCAGGGGGGUAUGAGGUGACUCCCUUAAAAUAAACAAUUUGUAGUCGGAAUUGGAACAUUUUUAGCGUAUUUUAUCACUUUUUUUCUCUCAUAUUGAAAUAAGAAAGUAAACUUAGACGAUUCAAGAGGGGGCGCGCGCCGGGUAUGCCCUUCUCUUAAUCCGCUCUCGGUAGUAUUUUGUUUAUCACCGGAUAUCCUACACGUUAUUUGGCUGUAGUGUUAUAAUAUUGGAACAGACUCCAGCUUAUCUGAAGAAAUAUCCUUCAUGCAACGCAAUUUGAAUUUGUAUCUAUAAACGAUACUUCAAUGAACGCAAUCUCAGUUUGUGGAUCCACAUGCUGUCUUACAUUUCUUAAUAAGCAUAUUAUUCAUGGUCCAUACCAAUUACAUUAAAGUGACACUCCCAUUCAAAAUCAAUACAUACACUUGCAUAACAAACAUAACUAUUUGAGUGAUAAACCUUUUACUACUUACUAAAUAAUGCAUUAAUGGAAUAUAUUAAUUACUGACAAUAAGAUUGUAACCGUGUAUUUAAUAGCAAAAAGCGCAAAAACAAUAAAUGAUUGGUGAAUGCUAAAAGAUAUACUGUGGUCAACUAUAUUCUCAUAAGGUAGCAAUACCAUGUUCUUUGCACAUUUCUUUCAAAUUAAACUUGGUAUCCUUCAUAAGAACCAUUGUUUUUGACAUAUAUUAAACUUUUUUGGAAUAUCAAAACAGUACUAUAUUAUUAACUUUAGUAUAUCUUAUUUGGGAGUAAGAGUGCAUCUUUAAGG